CACGAAGCUCAUUUUUGAAGGAUGUUCAUCGUGAUGCUUCGGUUGUUGUGAGAAAUCUGGAGGUCAAAUACAAAGAAUAUGGCACGACCGAAAUGGCUGGCGUCUUUGACGCAACACAGCGAAAAGCCGCCGGCUAUGCUGAAGUUCAGAAGCUCGGAUGGCUUCAUCAUUGGGACCGUGGCAUUGGCGGUAUUCACUGACAUGUUCUUGUACGGAGUCAUUGUACCUGUCAUUCCGUUCGCCCUACAAAGUCACAGUCAUGUUGAGCAGGACAGAGUACAGUACUGGGUGUCUGUAUUGAUUGCUAUCUAUGGUGCCUCACUCUUGGCAUUCUCUCCUGUCUGUGGUUGGCUUGCAGACAGAGGCUCCUCUCGUCGAUCUCCACUUCUGCUUGGCUUGCUUGCCUUGUUGGGUUCUACCGUGCUCCUGCAGAUUGGAAACUCCACAGGUAUCCUCAUUGCAGGCAGAGUGUUACAAGGCGCUUCAGCAGCAGUCGUAUGGGUAAUCGGUCUUGCUUUACUGGCUGAUACUGUGCCUCAAGAGAACCUUGCCCAAGCUAUGGGGUACGUAAGCCUGGGAAUGUCUUUAGGCAUCCUCAUAGCACCUUUAUUGGGUGGCGUUGUAUUCGAUAGAGCAGGUUAUGAUGCUGUUUUCGGCAUGGCAUACGGCUUGAUCGGGUUGGAUAUAAUACUUCGACUGUUGCUCGUGGAGAAGAAAGUAGCCGCAAGAUGGGAUCCGGUUGCUGAUGUCCAAGCGAAAGAAGCAGCAGACUCGCCCAGCAGUGGGCCUGCACCUCCGCAGAACGAAACGACCGACGCAGAGAAAGGCCUCACAUCCGGGCAGUCAGAAACACGCGAUCUGCCUGGAGGUAUCGACAUACUAGACCGUCGGCGCGACCGUCUUCCGCCCAUUUUGGCUCUUUUGUACUCCCGCCGACUCCUAGCAGCGCUUUUCUGUGCUCUCAUCCAGGCUGCACUUCUGACGUCCUUCGACUCCGUGCUCACUAUACACGCUGCCAAGCUGUUUGGGUGGACAUCGACAGGGGCAGCACUAUUGUUCUUACCAAUCGUAAUUCCGAGCUUCCUCGCGCCAGCCUUUGGCUGGUUCAGCGACAAGUACGGUGGACGAUACCCCGUCACCCUUGGGUUCCUUGGCGCAUGUCCUCCCCUGAUCUGUCUGCGCUUCGUUAAUGAGAAUACGAUGAAUGACAAGGUUAUCCUUUGUGCACUACUUGCACUCAUUGGACUGUUCCUCGCACUCACCUUUCCACCGAUCAUGGCAGAGAUCUCAGGUAUCGUUGAAGUGAAGGAGAAGAGUAUGCUGGCAAGUGGUCGAGCUGGAUUUGGGCCGGGAGGCGCGUAUGCACAGGCUUAUGGUCUGUUUAACAUGGCUUUCGCUGGUGGAUGCAUGGUUGGACCGUUGUUGGCAGGCUUCAUCGUCGAGGGCGAGGGUUGGUCAAUCAUGGCGCUGGUUCUAGGGAUACUCUCAGCUGUCACAGCUGUACCUGCAUGUCUGUGGUUAGGAGGGUGGAUAUUGAGGAAGGAGCAAGUCGAAUGAGAAUAGACUCAACACAG